AUGGUACCUGUGCUGCACAAAAUCGAAAAUAGUGCCUUUAAUAUGCUAACUGGAAAAAAGGCAGAAGAUGAGCUGCGCGGCGUGGUCGUAACUGGUGCUGAUCCAGCAAAAACGAAAUGGAUGCUGCAGGAUAAGGAGCUUGAACAGAAUGAAUGCUAUAUUUUUAGCCAUUCAGAUGAGGGUGGCAACAGGAAGAAGUUGGUUUGCGAAAUCAAGGAUUUCGAUAAGCCUCUUGCCGGAGAAUAUAAAGCUGUCUUCUACUCAGCCGAUGGAGAGAACUCUGCAACAUUCACUGUUACUGCUGGAAAUGCACCUGAUUUCCACGACAAACCUCAUAUUGUUCAAAGGGAUAAUGGAAAUGUGAUAGUAAUCAAAGUUCGAGCCAAGUCGCACCUCGAGAUGAAGGCUGAGUGGUUCAAGGUAAGGGUCUGGAUUACAGCACUAUUUAUGAUGUUUUGA